UCCAUUUGCUUUGCUUUUUUCUUCUUCCUAAAGCAUCUUUCUUCUAUUUCGUUAGGUUUGCUUUUGACUCUUAAGCUUACGCUAUAAAGCAUCUUUUUUGUUUUCUGAAAAGUGUUUCUUUUAGUGGUUUCACUUGUACUCGAAAUUCCAUUUUUACGCUCUUCAGAUUCUUCGUCUCACUAUUUUUUUCUCUACGAAGCGAACGCUAUAAAACCUUUGGUUUUUCAAUAUAAAGCUUUCGUUGCUUGUCGUUGUAUUCUUACAACGUUCCCUUCUUGAAUCUGUGGAUUACAUUGCAUUACCGUGCUUGUUGAUUUGUUUUGGUUAAUCGUUCAACAGUCCUUGUUUGAUUAGCUGUUGGACUUUUAUAUAUAAUUGAUUGCUUAAAAGUUCAUCAAUCUUCGUUCUUGAGGUGAACCUUUGCUUUGUCUCCCUUUACGGUUCAGUAGCAUCAUUCUUGUUGGUAGGAAAUAUUUUCCAUUGGUUUUCCUGUUGGACUCGCCGUUUCUUGUAGCCGUAGUCCAUCUUUCCAGCAAGUCGCUUUUUCCCUUUCGCAUUUAUAGCAUUUACGCGCGCGUCUCUACGCCCGCUUUUUUUUUUCGGUUUCCCCCAUUUCUCGAAGUUUGGCGCUUGCUACCCAAGCACCAAAUUUCACCCCAGUUGCCCAAGACGGAUCCCUCAUUAUUUGCAGGUAUGGAAGCAGGUCCUAAAAUGGAGUUGAAGAGUUAUAAACGAAAAAAUGCUUCUCUCUCUCCUAGUUCCUCUCCCGCAAAGGCUCAGCGUACUCAUUUGUCUUUGGAAGAAAAGAUUAAAUUGAUGCGCUUGGUUGUUCAACAUAAGCAUGAAUUGGUGGAUCGCAAGACUAGCGAAUUCUAUGCUAAGAUUGCCCGCAUCGGUUAUGAGAACGAAGGACUUGCUAUCCAUACUGAAUCUGCUUGCCGUAAUCAAAUCAUCUCAAUUAUGCGUGUUUACGAACAACGUCUUGCCCAUCGUCAACCCGGCAUGAAAACUACUCCUGAAGAAGAUGAACUUGACCAACUGUGUGACGAGUGGAAGGCCCGAUUAAGUGAAUUACAACAGUAUCGUGAAAAGUUUUUGGUCGGCAAGCGAAAAUGUGAUUGUAAUGAUGAGAUCAACGAACGCCUUAAAAAACUCACUGACGAUCAACAAAAUGUUGACAUGUUAGUGGCUAAGGUUAACUUUUUGUCGAAACAUCUCCAUGACAAUGAAGAAAAAAUCAUGCAACUCAGCGCUCGUGUUGAAGAACUGUACACCGAUAACAAGCGUAUUCAUCAGCUUCUCGAUCACAAUGACAUCUUGGCAAAAAUGGAAACUCACUCCCCUUAUGGCCCACCUCACAGCGUCAAUAUGAAUCCAAAUAUGACCCCAAACAUGACCCCUAAUAUGGGUACAAAUAUGGGUGCGAACAUGGGUACAAACAUGGGUACAAAUAUGAGUCCUAAUAUGAAUGCUAUUCGCAGCGGUCUUCACUCUAGCAUUGCCCCUAAUCUUGAUCAUUAAUUGAAUGGCCUGAUUCUUUUACCUAGUGAUUUCUUGUUACCCUCGUUCUUUGUCCGGAUGUAUGGCUUUGCUGUGUUAUAUUUUUUGUUUCUCUCUUAUUCCUUCUUGUUAAUCUUGUCCGGUUCCUUGCGGAUUUCAGUGGUUUGUGGCAUUCUUAUUUUUGUUCUCUUAAUAGGCAAACCUAAUUUAGCUUGUAACGAGAUUUUGCUGCAUAUUUCGGUUCCUCUUUCACGUUUUGUUUUAUUUCCUUUCCAACAGCUCCUUAAUUCCUUGUCCUCCCCUUUCAUCCGUUACGAGCCGUUCAUGAUGUAUUGUAGUUUCCUUUCCGAACAUAGGGCCAUGACGCAGUGAAUAUGCUAAUAAAAGUUCGUUUGUGGUCACGUUUACAGUCCUCUAAAAAAAGACUUCCUUUUCCUAGAUCUGUUCAAGUCUUUGGGAUUCACAAAUAUGAGAAUAUAAGUUCCAUAACUAGAGAAAGAACAUAGCUGUUUGCAACCUGUUUUGGGCCUGUUUUUCCUUUGUUACAAUAGAUAUCUUUUAAGUCUGUUGUAAUGUCGAUAUAAUUAGAUUCUUUGGUUUUGCUUCUUAUCGAUGAUUUGUGUAUUGAAAUCAAUAUUCGGCGUAAUGAAAUAAAAAUUCAAGUUGGAAGAA